GAACAUCCCGCAAAAUACCAUGUGAAGAUAGAUUUGCCGAUUUUAUUCAAAAUUUCACACUUUUGAAAGCAUACAUACGAAAAUAUAUGACAGAGGGUUUACUCUGAUAGAAUGGCAAAUGAGAUCAACAAGUUAAGAGAGUUGUCAUGUACUCUGGGAGAUUUAUCUCGUCCUGAUGGAGAUUCAACAUUUUCUCUUGGAGAUACCUGUGUUACCACAGCUGUGUAUGGACCUGGAGAGGUAAAGAUUGCCAAAGAACUUCUAGACAGAGCUACAAUAGAAGUAGUAUACAAACCUAAAUCAGGAUUGCCAGGCUGUGCAGAAAAGUUGUUAGAGAGGACAAUCAGGAACUCUUGUGAAACUGUCAUUCUUGGAAACCUGCAUCCUAGGUCAUUGAUUUCUAUAACCGUACAAGAGAUCCAAAACCGGGGCUCUCUUUUUGCGUGUUGUAUAAACAGUACCUGCAUGGCUCUGUUAGAUGCAGGUGUUAGUAUGAGGUAUCUUAUGGCAGCAGUCACUUGUGCAAUAAAUGACAAGGGGGACAUUUUCAUGGACCCUGACACCUUACAAGAACAGAGUGCUGUUGCUGUGUUGACAUUUGUAUUUGAAAAUUGUGAUUAUGGAAUAAUUACAGUCAAUGCAAAGGGUAGCUACACACUUGAUCAGUUUCAGCAGUGUUUGUCAAAAUGUAAAGAGGCAAGUAAAUCUGUGUUCCAGUUUUUCAAAGACUCUUUGUGUAAAAAGUUAUCUAAGAAUGAUUGAAGCAAUAAAUGUAAAAACUAAA